CGCAUGCCAGGUGAGCGCGCUACCCCUUGAGCCACAUCCCCAGCCCGGGAGUGUCAUUUCUUUGGAGAACCCUAAUAUAGAAUUUGGUCUAUAGAGUCUGCUAUGCCACUUCUGUGUGGCAUAUGAUCCCAACUUGAAAACUGUUGUUCCCAUCAGAAGGCAAGUCUGCUAAUUAUCUUAAUUCUAAAGCCUUGGGGACCCCUCAUGAAAGCAAAUCUUUCUGUCCUUCUCCARACCUUAGGGAGAGACUCCCCAGGAAGACUCCCCAGGACAGUCUCCUCAAGGACACCUGUGCAUUCCAGCACUGAUUGAGUAGGUGGUGCCUAUCUGUGUAUUAGUGUGCCCCCCCCCCCUUAGAGAACAAACACAACAUCUGUAAUUGUACUGAGUCCAAAGUGCAGGAGAUCUCUGGACUCGAGUCUGUCCUUGUUCCCAUCUAGUUUUGGCUCUGCCACUGCACCCCUGUUACAAUGGGCUUCUUGAACUCUAAGGAUAGAAGCUUUAUAUUCUGCUUAGUAUUUAAAAUACUCCAAAUUAUACUUCAAAUUAUGUUUCCUGCCUGUCAUCUCCCUGAGAGGGGACCCUCCCUGAGAUUUUGGUAUACUGUAAGUUCCAAACAUAAGGUGCUAAAUCAUAAUGGCUUUCUCAGACAAGGUCCUGCCAMAUUACCUGGCCAGGAGUGCCCUUACCCAUACCUGCCUAGACGUCCCUGCCCACCUUUACCAUCCUUAGUGUCUUAGUGUUUCUACCCUCUAUGAGAACUAGUCCAGAGACAUCUCCUGAAGAGCAGUAACAUGUUUUACUAUCUUUUUGCUUCCCUUCAGAAGUGGUUUGGGGUAGGGGAAUAUAGACAAAUGAUUGAGUGAAUCCUGGCAGUCAACUGCUAGUGCCACCUUGAGUGAGUACUGUUCCCUUUCUGGGCUGUGUGGGAAGGAUAGGGAAGAAUCCGAUAGGCUGAAUGUGUGGCUGAGACAUUGAAUGAUUUGUUCAUUGAAGGAGAAGGCGUGUAGUUGGGCUCUCAAAGACAGCCCAUUCAUGUCUCUAGAACGGAGGGACUCUGCUACAUAUUCACACCUAGAGUAAACAGAUGCUCAUUCAAACAGCGUUGGUGGAGAUUGCAGAUGCAUGCACAGGCCUGGAGGGACUCUGCCUGAAUGGGCACAGACGCCCACGAAGUAUUUCACAGGAUCCAGAGGCACCCACACAACUAAAGGGUGACCCCCAAGGCCCUUGGGCAUGUACACACAUAUUAGUCAUUCACACACCCACAGACGUUGCAGAUGCUUGUAUAUCUCUUACGGGCACUCCCUUGGCGCUGGCGGGCACACACCUAGGGGGCGCUCCCCGGGCCCAGAUGUAUGAAAGCAGCUCCAAGUUGUUCACAAAGGCACACCGCCAAAGGACGCAGACGCACGCCUAGGGGGCGCUCGCAGGGCCACGCGCACACGCACGCACACACACCCUYGCCCAGCCUCCAGCAGCCUCCGCUGAGGCGCGCGCCGUGCUCUUCCAGGCCCAGGCCAGGAAGGGCCGCAGCUUCAGGGCAGCGUUUUGGGUGGAGCGGAGCCUGGCAGGAGUCGGCGGCGCGGUCGGAAUGGAGACACUGCUGCUAGGCGCCGGGCUGGUGCUAGGCGCCUAUGUGCUAAUCUACUAUAACCUAGUGAAGGCCCCACCGUGCGGUGGCAUCGGCAGUCUGCGCGGCCGCACGGCCGUGGUCACGGGAUCCAACAGCGGCAUCGGGAAGAUGACGGCGCUGGAGCUGGCGCGCAGAGGAGCGCGCGUGGUGCUGGCCUGCCGCAGCCGGGAGCGCGGGGAGGCAGCCGCCUUCGACCUCCGUCAGGAGAGUGGGAACAAUGAGGUCAUCUUCAUGGCCUUGGACUUGGCCAGUCUCGCCUCGGUGCGGGCCUUUGCCACUGCCUUCCUGAGGUCUGAGCCACGGCUGGACAUCCUCAUCCACAAUGCCGGGAUCAGUUCCUGUGGCCGAACCCGAGAAACCUUUAAUUUGUUGCUGCGGGUGAACCACAUUGGCCCCUUCCUGCUGACACAUCUGCUGCUCCCUCGCCUGAAGACAUGCRCCCCUAGCCGUGUCGUGGUGGUAUCCUCAGCUGCCCACCGGCGUGGACACCUUGACUUCACACGCCUGGACCGCCCAGUGGUGGGCUGGCAGCAGGAGCUGCGGGCAUAUGCCGACAGUAAGCUGGCCAACGUACUGUUUGCCCGAGAGCUCGCCACCCAGCUUGAGGGCACUGGUGUCACCUGCUAUGCAGCCCACCCAGGGCCUGUGAACUCAGAACUAUUCCUGCGCCAUGUUCCUGGAUGGCUGCGUCCACUUUUGCGCCCACUAGCUUGGCUGGUACUCCGGGCGCCCAAAGGAGGUGCCCAGACUCCCCUGUACUGUGCUCUACAAGAGGGCAUAGAGCCCCUCAGUGGAAGAUACUUUGCCAACUGCCAUGUGGAGGAGGUGCUCCCAGCUGCCCGAGAUGACAGGAUAGCCCAGCGACUGUGGGAGGCCAGCAUGAGGCUGGCAGGGCUUAGGCCUGGGGAGAAUGAUGAACCUGAUGAAGAGCUCCAACCUGAGGACCCAGGGGCCCCAUGUUCUCCAAACACUCCCCACCCUGAGGAGCCCACAGUUUCUGAACCUUUCCCUGGUCCUCGGAAUUCACCAGACUUUUCUAAGGUUACACAUCGAAUUCAGGUUAAAACUGAGCCUGAACCCCAAGUCUCCUAACCCCCACACUUGGAUGCUUUCCAUGGCACUUCCUGACGCUGAAAACCUCAGCGGUGUGCCAGCCCAAGCCCUGGGCACUGAGGGGUUUUCCACUUUUACCUUUAUGGUUACUUUCUGGGGCCCCUAAGUGUAUCCAGGACAGCUCUUUUCCUGGUAGAAGGAAAUAAUGGAUGACUACUUCUUCCUGAGAGGGACCGUAGCCCCAGAUUCAGGGGUGGAAGGUAAUGUGCCAGGAACGGCUUCUCAGGCCCUACCCUGAGUGGUUCUGAUCAGUUCUCGGGCCAGGCCAGGCAAUUUGUAAUUUAAUGCACUGCCCAAAGCUGAGAAGUACUGAACCAUCUAGCUGGGUAGUUAAAUUACCUUCAUU